GUUAAACAAGCAGCAAUGUGCAACAGAAAUUACCAUGGUGAUAGAGUAGAUGACCGUGUGAAGCGGUGUGAGAUGCAGCAAAGCUUGGUGACAUCGUCCAAGAUCGACAGGGAUGGCGGGUCACCUGCCGUGACGCUGUCGACGCUAUUGUCCAGUCCCGCAUGGAGCCUGUGGCGAAGCCCCUCAUUUGUGGCACUUGUGCGCGCAGUUUUCGUCGGCCACAGGAUAUUGCGACGCACAAGUGGAACGCUGUUCACGCGGCCCGCGCGCGCUGAGUAUGGCGUUCCCCGCCCGGUGGACAACACGUCUCCUGGUCUGCCCCGUAUGGGGCCACAUAGCCAGUCAUGGCAGUGGAAGAAGGAAGGAAGCUUUCACUGUCCAGGAGCGACACUGACUCGCACUGCUAUCUGGUGCUCACGAGGUGUUUGUCGCGCUGCAAACGGAGCGUCUCUCAUUAGGCGAUUUGAUCGCAGGACAAGAGAGGAGCUGAUGGACGAUCUCUCCAAUGUUCCACUUGGUUCGGAGCGGCGCCGAGUGCUGACGUUGGGACUUGGCCGGUGUGUGCACACCGCUAGCUAAACCGACCAACGGCUACUCCCAGGGCACAAACUAUUCUGCUGGAGGCAGCGUCGUCUUCGGCUGAAAUUCCGGAUACAACCUGCAGGGAAGCAUUGUGCGCAUCUGCCAGAUUGACGGUUCCUGGAGUGGGGCAGCUGCCUCAUGUAAUCCCAUUCAACUGCAGUGCCAGUCUGGCUACCUGCCCUGCCUGCGUUCCAGCCUGUGGCUGUAUCCUGCCAUCACAGCGCUGCGACGGUGUUUGGUACGACUGUGCUGAUGGCUCUGAUGCACAGUACUGCCCAGGCAAGGUCACACCAGCUCCAGGUCAAACCGACUGCCAGGUCCUGUCACCACCGGCACUGGGCUCAAUGACCGUGAACGGCUUGAUGUUCAGCAACACGACCACGUUUGUGUGCAGUCUCCCUAUGUCCUUAUGGGCUCGGCCGUGUGUACUUGUGAAAUCAACGGCCAGUGGAGCGGUGUGCAGCCAACUUGCGUCCUGACGACUGCUGCUCUGAGUGCGGCCAGUGACGAGCUAGUCAAGGACUCCGUCUCAGAACGCAUGACACAAACGUGUUAGCUCCUGCUCCAUGCCCAUUGUUGGAGCGACAGUCCUGGAAUCCAGAGUUGCAAGUGAGGUGGUGAUACGGCAAGCAGACGGUGGCAAAGUACGGCUUAAAAGCUCUACAUCUGGCAAGUGGCCGGCAUACCACCCCAAUGGACAUCGGAACAGUACACGUAGAGUAGCAUCUCUACGUGACAGGGUAUGAGCGCAAGCCAGUAUUGCCAAGCACUGGGGACCUUUGGCAAUCUGAAGAAUGUUUUGUCCGAGAAUCGAUCCUUGGAUCUGUGGCGUUGCAGUUGUGGUGCUCCCGACCCUCUUGCGCGAUGGCCGCGGAGACCUAGCGAAAAGGUUCGAGACAUACGGCAUCUCAAUAUCUUCCACCACAAUCAGUACAUCAGCACCACCAUCGAGUGUAGCGACAUCAGCAAUAGAAGACGCACAUGAUAUCAUCCACCCUUACGGCCUUAGCGAAGACCCGGGAAUACCUGAGAAGAUGUUAGCCGCAACUUUACUGGAAAAGUCGUCGGUGACAACGGCACUCCAUAUUUUAGCUGCAUGCAGUUAGGUCUCUCAACAAGUGUACCCAUAGUUUUCAAGCUAAUACACAAGCAAAUUCACUAGGGGCCGAGUAUAUUU